AUGAAAGCUAAAUCAUCUCCUAUCUGUUGUGAAAACUCGAAGCUGAUUUAUGCACCACGCCUUCAAGCGAGCUUUCGCUCCUUCGCCUCGAAGGAACAGCUGGUUCCCACACGACGAAAAAGGACAAGAGAUGAGUGGAUAGAACCAAGACCUCGCGGUCUCUGGAACAGCGGACAAUCGUGUCAUUUAGGCUCGGUGAUUGCGGCUCUCUCGGCAGUUUCAAUGCUGCGGGACUGGUUGAUCGAACAGGAUACUACAAGUGCUUAUGAAACUCCUUUUUCACUUGUAAAGCACUACAUUCUCGAGUGCGCCCCCUCAUCGGCCUACCGCCGAGCCCUGGAUCCCCGUCCUUUACUCACCUUGCUGGAGCAAUCCGGCUGGAAGUCGAGGCAUGCCCAAGAUGCACAUGAAACCAUGGCACGUCUACUCGAGAUUCUAGAGGAUGGGUAUGGAGCCCAAAGCAAUCAAGGGACAUCUCCAUUGGGUCUCGGCUGGCGAUCCGAACCUGGGGGCUGUGGGACAUCGCUUUGCUACGGCAAACCGCCGAUGGCGGACGUGGCGAUCGGGAAGAGAAAAAGUGGUCCUCCUUUUUCCGCUCUCCUUUCCUCAUCAAACAAGUGUCAUUCAUGCGGCUUCAAAUCCCCGACCUCUUUCCAGUCUAGUUUCCUUUUGACUUUGCCCAUCCCACGCUAUGAAAGGACAUUGUCGGAGCUGUUUUACAACACAUACAUGCGCGGAGAAGAGAUUGAUAUGCGGUGCGACCACUGUAUGCAACUUGGUUUGCACACACGGUUCUUAGAGAUGAAGAGAUUCCCAGGAGUUCUAGUCAUGCACCUACAGAAAGCGAUCUACGGUAGUGGGAUAGAUGCAUCUACUCGGCGGCAGGUAGCGUUGUCGCACUCUCUGCAUAUUCCUGUGCGGGUGGGAAAGAAGGAAGUAGCAAGGGUCGAGACGUACUCGCUGCGGAGUGUCGUUGGGCACAAAGGAGUAGCUAACACGUGGAGCAGCCACUUCGAUGCAGUUGUAAGCCGUAAGUGCGAAGGCGUUUGCGAAGGCUUGCUGGGGCUGACGGAGUCGCGCAGGUGGUUCCAUGUGGACGACCAGCACAUCUCACGAUGCGAUUCGGACACACCUCUCAUUCCAUCGCAGACAUACUUAGUCGUGUACCAGAGACAGGAUGACAGAGUGAAGCUUGCUAUUAGAUAAAGACACGAGAUUGCUCUCGCAUUGCUAGUCUUCAAAGCCUUUCGCUAUAAACUGCCCAGUAAAAUUGUGAUGCCCGCUCA